AUGGCUGAAUCUCAAGGACUGGUGGCAAGUCGUUUAAACACGUUUUAUGUCACAAUUUUGAAAUCGUCUCACCCUUUGAUGCUACUCUUGCAUCUAAUUGGUAAAGCCGCCCCUAUAGUAUUCUACUUGAUUGGGUCCUUUUUCCUGAAUUUUACGGCUCAGUUCAUUUUGGUGGUCCUUCUGCUGGCAUUCGACUUUUAUUUCACCAAGAACAUCAGUGGCCGGAAACUUGUCCAACUGCGUUGGUGGUAUGAUCCAUCCACUAAAACGACCGAAACGUUUACGUUCGAGUCCUACAAACAAUACGCACCAGGCCCUCCAAUAAACUCAAUCGAUGCCAAGUUGUUUUGGUGGUCCACAUAUCUAGUACCUGUUAUAUGGAUGGUAUUUGGAAUAUUUUGCAUUCUAGGCUUCAAAAUUUUCUAUCUGCUGUUGGUUAUGGUGGCUGCGGUGCUAACUGGUAUGAAUGCAUAUGGGUUUCGUAACUGCGAUAAAUGGGAUCCUAAUCCAAAUUCAAAUCAAACGGAUAGCUGGUUCCAAAUGCCGACCAUUCCAAAUAUAGAAAACUUAACGAGACUCGCCACAAUUCAAUCUUUUUUUCAAAACAGAUCUUAA